AGGUGCUUUUCCGACAGGAUACAAUAAUAACUUGUACGGUCUCAAACAGAGUACGGAGAAGAGCAACGGUCGCUAGUCGAGAUCUGCCGCGUCGCAGGAGAACCACACUAGAACCGGACAGAAAAAACAACUCGAAACCUGUCAGACCAUCGGAGAAGUAAACUCGAACGAGACUGAGAGAAAACGGAGCCUUUGUUUUCAGAAGCAGCAGGGAGCCGAACCGGAGGAAAGAUGAUGAGUUUUCUGCCAUACUUCUCCGCUGAGACCUGGACCCUUCUGGCCCUCCUCAUCACCCUCAUUGUAGUGUACGGGUACUGGCCCUAUGGUGUAUUCACUAAGAUGGGUAUCCCUGGUCCCAAACCCCUACCUUACUUUGGCACAAUGUUGGAGUAUAGAAAGGGUUUCACUAACUUUGACACAGAGUGCUUUCAGAAGUACGGGAGAAUCUGGGG